GAAGUAAGAAGGGAAGGGUGUGCCUGGGACCCGCCAGGAGCUUGGAGGUGAUAUUUUCUCCUUGAAGAAUCUUUUCUCUGGCGUCACCACCACCACUCUUCAGUGCGUUCUCAUCGUCCCGGUCGAGCUCCGGUGAAAAGACGUCGUAGAGGAACGAGGACGAAGAGGAAUCAUCGUACCUGGAAUGCCAAAAUUCUACACUAUUCUCCUUUUAUGAUUUCUUCUCUCUGCAUCUAAACGCCAAAAUCCACGCUUUAUCUUUCACUUCCCUCCGUCCCUGACUCUCUGAGUGUCAAUAAGGGUGACGGCGUCGUAGGAGAAGACAAGAUUCGGAAAAUGGAUUCGGUUCCGUCGAGCGCUGCUCAUGGGAAUCUGGAUGAGCAGAUUGCUCAGCUAAUGCAGUGCAAACCCUUGUCAGAGCAAGAGGUAAGGGUGCUCUGUGAUAAAGCAAAGGAGAUUCUGAUCGGCGAGAGCAAUGUACAACCUGUGAAAAGCCCUGUGACCAUAUGUGGUGAUAUUCAUGGGCAGUUCCACGAUCUUGCUGAGCUUUUCCGGAUCGGCGGAAAGUGCCCAGAUACCAAUUAUUUGUUCAUGGGAGAUUAUGUGGAUCGUGGAUACUACUCUGUUGAGACAGUAACACUUUUGGUAGCCCUCAAGGUGCGUUAUCAUCAACGAAUUACAAUCUUGAGGGGAAAUCACGAGAGUCGCCAGAUUACUCAAGUUUAUGGGUUUUACGAUGAAUGCUUAAGGAAGUAUGGUAAUGCCAACGUCUGGAAGACAUUCACAGAUCUGUUUGACUAUUUUCCGCUGACAGCAUUGGUCGAGUCUGAAAUAUUUUGUCUCCACGGUGGGUUGUCUCCAUCCAUUGAAACACUUGAUAAUAUCCGUAAUUUUGAUCGUGUACAAGAAGUUCCACAUGAGGGUCCCAUGUGUGAUCUCCUAUGGUCUGAUCCUGAUGACCGUUGCGGCUGGGGUAUAUCACCCAGGGGUGCAGGAUAUACAUUUGGCCAGGAUAUAUCAGAGCAAUUUCACCAGACUAACAGCUUGAAGCUCAUUGCUAGAGCACACCAGCUGGUUAUGGAGGGGUUCAACUGGGCUCAUGACCAAAAAGUUGUUACUAUAUUCAGUGCACCAAAUUAUUGUUAUCGAUGUGGAAAUAUGGCAUCCAUACUCGAAGUUGAUGACUGCAGAGGACAUACUUUCAUUCAGUUUGAACCGGCUCCAAGGAGAGGUGAGCCUGAUGUAACUCGAAGAACACCCGAUUACUUCCUAUGAAGACUUUGAAGAGGGUGUGAUCAGAUGGAGCUCCUAUAAAAUGGCCACUCCAUGUGCCGGUGGCUUCUUAGGAAUUGAUAGUGUUAUAAUUUCCUGUUAAGGUGAAAGGAGGGAAUGGCAUAAAGCAUGUAGAACCAGACAGGAACCAACCAGGCAGACUGUUGGGGACCGGGAACCAUCCUGGUCCAUGCCUAACCCUUACGAUGCUGCUAGCUUUUGUUCCAUUCUUUCCAUACAAAGUCUUUAACUUGUUAUUUUUUUCUUGCAUAUUCUUGUUUCCUGUAGAAGAUGAUUAUUUUCUUACAGUAAUAUUUUUGUCCGAAAUACUCAUAGGGUGGCCGGUUAAAUAGUUGGGGUGUUAUUAACUGGCCUUGCGUAUGAAUCAUUUCUAGGUGAAUCAGUUAGUCUUUGUUUUAGGUAUCAUAAGACUUUUGGUAUGCAAAAAAUCUUGAGCUUGUGUCUAUCACACCGUAUUUUUUAAAAAUGUGUGCUUGUUUGAAGUUUGAACCGUAAGUUUGGUUAUAAUGUUUAGUGUAAUGUAAUGAGUUCCAUAUUUGGCCA